AAGUUGCACAGCAACGACUACAAAAACAAUCAGGCGUUACGUUUUGAGAGCCACACGAAUAUCAGUUAGUUAGCAAACAUUGCCUUUCAUUUCUUCUCAUUUUACAAGACGACACCUGUGGAUAUGUUGAGAAACAAGACGGAGCUGAAAACACAAGGCUUCACCGUGAAGGCCACUAUGAAGAACUCCGUGGUGGUGGGUCCCCCAGCUGCAGGGGCUUUUCGGGAACGCCCUUCCAAACCAACCACUUUUCGCAAGUUCUACGAGCGCGGCGAGUUCCCAAUGGCACUAGAGCAUGACACCAAAGGAAACCGCAUUGCGUGGAAGGUGGAGAUUGAAAAGCUGGACUACCACCACUACCUGCCUCUGUUCUUUGAUGGCUUAUGUGAGACUGUUCAUCCGUACGAGUUCUUCGCCCGCCAGGGAGUCCAUGACAUGCUGGAGCACGGAGGCCCCAAGAUCCAGCCUGUCAUUCCCCAGCUCAUCAUCCCCAUCAAGAAUGCCCUGAACACGAGGAACCGUCAGGUGAUCUGCACCACCCUGAAAGUUCUGCAGCAUCUGGUGAUGUCUGGGGACAUGGUGGGAGAGGCUCUGGUGCCCUACUAUAGACAGAUCCUCCCUAUUCUCAACAUCUUCAAGAACAUGAACAUCAACUCCGGAGAUGGCAUCGACUACAGCCAGCAGAAAAGGGAGAACAUCGGUGACCUGAUCCAGGAGACUCUGGAGGUGUUUGAGCGCUACGGAGGAGAGGACGCCUUCAUAAACAUCAAAUACAUGGUGCCCACUUACGAGUCCUGUAUGAUCAGCUGAGGGGGGGGGGGACUCUCCUUCUUCUGUACUGUUGUGCUCCAAUUUGCCGAGCUCAAACCUUUUCCUCCUACCUCUCUAGCCCCUCUGCUCCCUAGCAUAUCCUUAAAACGGCCAUUAAAUUUGUAACAACAAGUCAUGUGACCGUAUCCGUUUAUGUAUCACUUUAACUUGUUAAAAGCAAUAGAAGCUUGACAGAACUAAUUUGCCUUAUUAAAAUAUACCAGUAUGUUUAAUAUA